AUGUCGAGUCUAGCAUCGGUAGGGUUAGAGCCGAGCGAUAAGAAGACGCCGGUGAACAAGUGGGAGCUGUACGGGUGGUACUCGUACAAUGUGGCCGUCAACGCCUUCAGCUCCGUCGCCAUGCCCAUCUUCUUCCCGCUCCUGCUGCUCCUGCUCGCCGAAGCGCACGCGUGGCUACAGGCGGGAGACUCGAAGCCUCCCAACUGCAGCGACUCAGUGUCGGUCAACUGCGUAAAAUGCAUUCCGGGACGCGGCGACCAGCUCGUCACGGCUGCAGGGUACCAGGACCUGAUUCUACCCAUGGUGCACGCGGGUCCCCUGGCCGUGAACCCCGUGUCAUACGCCACCAUCAUCAUCGGCAUCGCUGUCAUCUGCCAAGUCUUCGCGCUCAUCUCCUUCGGCCCCUUCACUGACUACGGCACCGGCCGCAUGGACCUGCUCAAGGUGGGAACGCUGAUCGGCGUGGUGCCAUCCAUUGUGAUCGGCGUGUUGGGCGACAGCUCCUACUGGUGGUUCGCUGGCCUGCUCGUCAUCAUUGCCAACGUCGGCUACGGCCUCUGCACCGUCAGCUACAACAGCUACCUGCCUGUGCUGGUGGAUGCCACGCCAGCAGUGAUGCAUGCUGAGGUGUCAGGCGACAAGGAGAAGAUUGCAGCCGUCAGAGAACAGGUUGAGAACCGCAUCUCUCUCAUCGGCCUCGCAGCGGGCUGCCUGGCAGACGUGGUGGCAACGCUAGCCGCCUUUGUCAUCACCCUCGCCGCCACCACCGACCUGCUCAAGAUGCGCCUCGCAGGGGCGUUCUGCGGCCUCUGGUGGCUCGUCUUCUCCGUCUUCACCUUCCUCUGGCUCCGCACCCGCCCGGGCCCGCCGCCGCCCGCCUCCGCCACCGCAAGCGGCAGCGGCGCCACCGGCGCCGCCCUGACCAUCGCCGCCAGCUGGCGGCACAUGGGCGCGCUGAUCUCCGAGGCGCGGCGGUACAGAAACGCGUUUGUCUUCAUGCUGUGCUAUUUCAUCUACGCGGAUGGGUUCUCCACGGUGAUUCAAGUCGGGGUGCUGUUCGGGCAGCACGACCUGUGUGUAGAGCCAGCAAUGCUUGCAGUCAUCGCAACCUCCGUCUCCUUCUGGGCUGCGCUUGGGAUGCCGUUGGCUUACUACCUGCAAAAGCGGCUCGGAUGGAACAACAAGACGAUGGUCGUCGCGCUACUGACCGCCAUGCUGCCGCUGCCACUCUGGGGUUUGCUAGGGUAUUUUACCCCGGACGGCGGGCUCGGGCUGAAGGCGUCGUGGGAGCUGUUUGCGUAUUCCGGGUGGUUUGGGUUCUGCCUGGGCCCGCUGAUCUCGUACUCGCGCACGCUGUUUGUGGACCUCAUUCCCAAGGGCCGCGAGGGCGCCUUCUUCUCGCUCUACGCCAUCAGCGACAAGGGCAGCUCGUGGCUCGGGCCAUUCGUGGUGGCGGCUAUUGCUCAGUUCACGGGGAAGAUCCGGCCCGCCUUCCUGUACAUCUUCAUCGUGAUGCUCGUGCCAAUCUUCUUCCUCCACACGUACCUGGACUACUCACAAGGACUCAAGGAGUCGGGCCGACACGACGGGCACGGACAGCAGCCUAGUGCAGAGGAUGCAGUUGAGCUUGGGGAGGAAGAGCGCGUUCCUCUCACACAGUUCUAG